AUGGCUGGCACCGAGAUAGCGCGCGCCCAACAGAAGCUAUUGAGGCUGUUUAUGAAUGGCGAAGGGGCCUACUUGGAUAACUUACCCGAUGGCAAUACGAUCUUGCAUGAAAUAGUUCGUUGGCAAGUAUACAGCCAUCAUUGGGAUAACAACUCGUGGGUGCUUUGGCGUGGUUUGAUCAAGACCAUGCUACAGACGGGUCUAUCGCCCAACCAAACCAACUCUUAUGGGGCAACUCCAGCAGACUUAAUGGUCUAUUAUUUUGAUAAUACCUGUCAGCAGCAAGCUGCACUCGAUAUUUGUUCAGAUCUGCUGAAUGACGGAGGCUAUAUGACGCACCGUGCUCUUGACUGGAGGCAUCAGCCUAACCUUUUGAAUGCAGCUUACUAUCUGACUAGAGGCGACCUCCGUUGGAAUGAUACUCUCUGGCGAGAUUACAGCAUUCCACUCGUAUGGAGUCUUUGCGAUAGAGAUGAGCUCCAAGAUAUCGACCUUCCGAAAGAGCUACAACCUCUCAUCUAUAGGUCAAGGAAUCUUCUAGUCUCACUGCUGAAAGACGACAGUGACUUUCAGACCUGGGUUGAAUCUUAUACACAAUGGCCUCCUGGCCUCUCUUUACUACUUGAGUAUGGCUAUACACCAACAGAGACGUGUGCCGUGCGAGCAUGCGAAGCAGAUUGUGAAGAAAGCCUCAAACUCUUGAUUAGCACCGGCGGGUUUGCAAUCGGACAUUCAGUGCUGGAAGUCGCUGCAAAACAGGAUAACCCAGCUAUUUCAAAAUUGGUGGUACAAGCACUCGCUGACCGCAGAAGGCAGCUGCGGGUCUUAGCAGACAAUUACUUGCCAGAUGAGAUGAACUCUCGUCAUGCUACCCGGUCAGAUUGUCUUUUAGACAUUGAAGCCUACGACGUAUAUCAGCUUCUGAAAGAGAAAAUUGUUGGUAUCGAAGAUCUGGAGAUGCAAUUUGGAUGGACCGUCUAUGACCACAUCGGGGCCAACUUGGACUUAGCAGAACUUCUAUGGAACACCGGCUUCCAGAAUGUGGAUAGCGAACAAGUAUUACAGGACUCGCCUUAUGGACUUAUGGUCGACCACGCCACCUUGCAGCCUCAACACCUUUUUGAUGAAAUCAAAUUGGUUUAUCACAAAAGGUGCUGA